CGAAGACGUCAAUCAAGUGCUUCGACGAGGCGCUCGUCUUUCUGGACAGCCAUCUGCUGUCGCUGGAGGGAUGGGGGGGGGGGGCUGAAAAUGUCGCGAAGUCUCCUCUCAACAUUGACGUAUUGUCUUGCAAGUAGUUUGGAAUGUUAAGGGUAGCAUGUUUGAGAUAUUUAGAUUAUUGUGACGAUAUCGCCGUGUGCAGUGGUUGCGGAUUGAGGCACGGGUGUGUAGUUUCGCAGCCAAGUCUUUUGUAUUAAGCUUGGGAAAAUGGCGACAGGAUAAUUGUGCUCUUGUGCGACACCAUCGCGGUGGACUGAGUGACCGCUUCCUCGUUGAGCAGCGCAAACAGCAAACAUGACUUUACUGGCGGUGCGAACUGCAUUCAUUAAAUCAGAUUUGACUUCGCCCUGAGGGUCUAUAAUCUGAAACGUGAUGAAUCACACCCCCCAGGUUUGAUAUGAUCUUUUAAAAUAAUUCCCCACCGGUAGUGAUCCAAGUUGGAUGACCUCGGGGACUUUUGGUAUAUCUUGGUGUGAAUGGGGGAAGACAAUUAAUUCGCUAUAUCGUCACAUUUCAGUUGCAUUGGAGAGCGCACGUAACAAUUUGUUAGGUUUUUUUUUUUUUUGCAUUCUAACAGUCUAUGUCACAUUUUACAGUCAGCAAAUUUCAUUACCGUUCACAAUUCUUUAUUUUAAAAAAGAUGGAUUUGGGACAUAAUUUGAAUGAGUAAUUAAUCAUCAUCAGUGAGUGCACCAUAAAUACUGAAAACAAAUAUUAUUAAGUGGAGACUACUGUACCUCUUGAAUUCUCAAAUAAAAGAUAAUAAUAUUUAUUGUCACGCCAACUGGACCAAAGGUGCGUUGACCCUUAGAAAUGUAUCUGUCAGACUUGUAGUAUAUGACAAUUCACAAAUUUCUUUUCAGACACCAUGUACGAGAAUCAAAACCUGCCAUUGACUAAGAUGCAAUUUGGACGCUUAUCAGAUAAACCUUUAACUUAUUAUCAGCGGUGCUGUUUGUCCACUACACCCCACCAGAUAGGGUUAAGUUGGCGAUUGUUGACGUAUAUGAAGGAGGAACUCGAGGUUGGUGGUGGACUGCACGUAAGUCUCAGAUAACAGCGCUGGUGUUGUGGUGCGUGACAGCCGCCCUCGGUCACAGCUGGAGCCAUUUGGUGUCCUUUCCCGCUUUUCCCCGUAUGAAGUCAGCAGGCGUGCGAAAACAGGCCGCAGCUGAAGCUCAAGCGAGGUUUUCUGACCUCUUAGUUACAAGUAUUAGGGACACUUGCAAAAUAGAAUGUUUUUCCAUUUAUUCCAUUAGGACAGCACAGCGGAUUGGGUUAGCAAAUCUUCACGAUUCUAAGGUUCUGCAUUUGAAUCCCUGCAUGGAGUUUGACUGUUUUCUCUCCUAGUACUGCGGCUUCCCCCCACGUUCGGAAACAUGCGUGCAGUGUUGCACUACAUCGUUAUUUAAAAUUCGGCACUUCAACGUUGCAUAAAACGGACUCAUAGUAUAGAGUUCGGCUCUUGGGACCCCCCGUGACCUCACCUAUCUCAUCUGGAAAUGCCGUCCUCACGCCCACAGUACGACGGCAGCAAAGGACUAUGGUUGUCAACAGCGACGACAGCAAAAUAAAGGGCGGGUAUCAAUGGCCAGUGGACCUUGUUCCCAGCAGGAGAUUUGCGGCUGCGUGCUCACCUGCUGGUGUUUCAGGAAGUGAAGCUCAAGUCGAUGAUGCACUCCAGUGGGACUGCUCACAAGGUUGAAUAGAAAAAUGGACAUUGAUUCGUGGGUCUGGCUAAUGCUAUGUGCAACUGGAGUGAUCGGACAAUUCCAAAUGGAGCCUCUUGAUUUCACAGUUCUGAAAGGCUCAGAUGCACAAUUCAACGCCACUGUGCAAGGAAAAUGGGAGGUCAUGACUUGGAGUGUGCGAGGUUUGCUGGUCCUCACCGUUCCCAGGAUUGGUGACAUAUCCUCGUCCUCGGAUCGGUUUUCUGCCUCCUUCUGUUCCGUUGACGACACCAGCUGUGUGGCCUUCACCAUCCACAACACUUCCCGGAAGGAGGCUGGGAUGGUCGUCUGCACUGUACAGGGAGACUAUGGAUCGAAGUCAGCAGUGCUACAUGUUGAAGAGAGUGGUACAGUCCAAAUCAAAGAAGGUGAUUUAAAGGUGGUCCAAGAUGAGGAGGUGGAGCUCAACUGUCUGACCUUCGCUUGGUUUCCACACCCUGUGGUCAGCUGGAACCUGAAUGGUGGCAGUGUGGAUAGCAGCUUUUACAAUAGCACUCAUGCGGCUCAUGGAGAUUCCUUCAACUCCUCCAGUGUGCUGAAGUUUCGUGCUGUCAAAAACUCUACGGUGGCAUGUUUGGCGAUGCUGCAAACACUAACAAACCCACUAUCCAGCUCUGUCCACUUAGUAGUUGUGCCCAGGCCUCCAGACUGGACCAUCCUGAUAGCUGUAGUUUGCUCCUUUGGAGGGUUUGCUCUGGUUGUGUUACUCAUCUAUGGGCUAAUCUUUUGCUACAAACGGAGGAAAGAAAAAGAACCCAACUACCAUGAUGAAAUGACUAAAAGAGUGAGGACACAGAGCCAGUUGAGUGGACUGAGACCACCUGGACAGAAACAAGGUCGAGUCAAUGCAGAUUACGUGACAGAUGGUCAAACAACUAUUGCUCCAAAUGACCUGACAGACAGUAGUUAUUGCCAACCAACUCGCUCAAGUUUUUUUGAGAUGCCUGAUCCUGUUAAUUCUCACCAUGACUCCCAGAUUUCCCACAUCUACGCAAAUGAAGGCUUGAGAAAACAUCGACAUGCCACUACUGUAUAAGAAGACAUCAGACCUCUCACCCAUGAGACAUUAAAAAAAAGGUUGAGGCUGUUGAAAGCGGAGCUUUCGGGAGGCUUUUACAAUACUCUCACUUAUAUACUGUAUG